AUGAAGGUCGCUGUGUUGGACCUGGGGUCUCUGUUCGCCAAGAUCUUCAAGAUCUCAACAGCAUCCCCGACAGUCUCCAGCCACCCUGGAGACGCAGCGGCCACAGGAUCAGGAGAGUCCGGCGCCAGCACGUCGCUUAGAGAGGCUGAGACCCUGACUUUGCUUCCAUCUCUGCCUCCAGACACUGCCGCCUCACGGGAGCCCUUCACCCCUGUGCACACUCCGCUGCUCUCUGCCUCGCACCCCAGGAGCUCUGCAGUCACCCAUAGGGUAGAAGCAGCAGGGUGUCCCGGAUCUCUGCCCAGCAGCUCAGGAGCAUUCAUAGCACCACCCUUAGCCCCCUACAGCAGCUCUGAGGCUUCAGUGGCUUUGCCCAGCCCAGGGGCUGUCUGGACGACCCUGCCUUCUGUCACCAUCCCAUUGGGCAGCACCAGCAGCGCAACCUUGAGUCCACGGAACCUCCGCCAGCUGCCAGCUCCUGGAGAGCGAGAGCCCAGUGUAUGGAUGGCCCCAGGUCCUGUCCCCAAAACUCUGUUCUUUACCUUGCCAGACAUUGGCGAAGAAUGGACCUCGGACAGCGACUCCCAGGAUGACCCAGAAGGAAGGGGGCUUUCGGCAGGACUCAGGAAGCACAGCUCUGAAAAGAGCAAAGAUCCUUUACCUACGAAUUUUACGAAAAACGUGCAGAAAGCCAUUGAUAAAUUCUCCAGUGAGUCCCCCUCAUCCUUUUCAUCCAGCGGGAGCAGCACGCCCACGGAGACCCACAAUUCCUGGCUGGGCUCUUCCGCACAUAGCUCCACCACGGGAUUGUCUACGGAGAGGAGCUCGGUUUCUUCCUGGAGAGAUGAUGAAUUUGACAAAGUCAACGCACAGAAGGUCCAGCAGCUGUUCUGGGAGGUUGAGGAACUGCUAUUUGAAGGGAAAGUGAAUCCCCAGACCCAGAAUCUGCAGGCUGAAUGUGAUGAGUGGGGAAGGAGAUCCCUCCAUCUCAGGGUAUUAGGAAGACAACUCAUCCCACCCACUGAUGAAGGUUUCCAACACUUCCAGGGGAGCCUGCCUAGUUCUGCUCGUCACAAACCUUUACCUCAUACCCCUGACCACAUUGGCAGUAUCAGAGAGCUGUGUAUCUCUGGCUCUCAGAUAGUCCCAGAGGUACUCUCAGCAUCUGCCCUGACAGACUCUGAUGGCACAGAACUGGCUGAGCUCCCAUCAUGUUCAUCCUUGAAAGAAGAGGUGUACCAUGUGGAUGGAAACAUUGAGGAAUAUUUUGCUUUUGAUGGAAAGCAGGAUGGGAGUGAGCAUCUUGAACAAAACCCAACACUGCGUGGCAGGAAGAGUCAUCGCCAUGGGCUUCCUCCCAUUUCCCCUGAUGACUGUAUCAGAGAUGCCGUGGCUGCAGAAGUGUUUGAUGAUGUUUGGACCAAUAUGGUAGAAAUACUGGAAGAUCUCGUUAGGAAAACCUGGGAAUCUGCAUUCACAGAUGGGAAAAACCAUAAGGAAAAACUGAAAGUAGCUGAGAACAGAUCUCCACACGUGUUCAUGGCUCAUCUCAGCACAGACGUUUGCAGUGUCCCCCCAUCCCGAAGCUCUGACACUCUCCAGCCAUCCUUGGUCCCCCACUUUAACCCACCCCAGUUUCCUCAGCUCCAUCGCUUCUCCAACAACUUCUGCUGUGACUUGAGUGGUGUGAUGACCGUCCAGGCCAAGCCGCUUCAGCAGAGGCCUACUCACUCUGCAGAUAGAACACAAUAUGAGCAAGACGACAAACUGCCUGGAGGAGGGGUAGGAGCACCUUCCCGUUACCGACUCGGCCGAAUUCUAGACACCCGGGGACCACAGACUUCUGCCAAGAAGACACCAGUGCAUAGGAGACUGCCUUCAAUUGCUUCAGACUCACAGAGGCUGAAAACCCCCACUGUCUACAGUGAUGAAAUUCUGAGAGGAACCAAACUGCAAACUGGCAUUGACCACCUGCCUUCCCCAGCAGCCGUCCAAACCUCCCGGAGCCGGUUACCCCCAAUAGGCUCUGAGACUGGGGAGCAGAACACAGCAGCCCCCGGAUCCCGCCCUGUUUCUUACAGGGGAAGGCACCCACAAAACCGUGUGUUCAGCGCAAUUCCUGACAGCAUGGAACGGUCACCCCUUCGAGAAAGGACCAUUGUCCUGGAACAGCUUUCGAGGCCCAGCACAACACAUACAUUCCGGUCAGACACACCGAGAAAAGGCUCCCUGACACCCGUGGAGUUUGUUGCUCACUCUUGGAUGGGUCAAAGCAUUUUGACAGGUUCACAGUAUCUGCCUAAAUCUUAUCAGAGGGCAACCCUGACUGCAAGAAAGAGGUUCCAAGUGGCCUCAUGAUGUUACCGCUCCAGAAUUACGGACUUGCUAGAAGCUCUGAAGCCUUGGCCACACCAUUUGUAACUCGAAAAGCAGAGGAACAAGUAUUACCUGGUGUAUAUAUUCAUCUCUCUGGCAUCAGGAGACUAUAGCACACCUGAGAGGAUCACAGGAAAAUAAGUAACUUAGUUUUGAAGACUUGUAAAGCAUUGUAAAGAAAAUAAAAGUUGAACUCCCUAAGCCUUAUGGGAAGCAGGCCUGAAGCUCCGUGGGCUCUUGUGCUUUGCCUAAAAGAACCUAAUAUGCCCUUAACAUCUUUAUAAUUAGUUUUUGCACACAGAUGAUAUGAGUACAUUCCCUAAGAAGACACCAUUUUUGACUCUAUAUACCUUCAUGUACAUUUCUGUCUUACUCUUUUAAUGAUUCAUUCCAUCAAAACUAAAUAGCAGUCACAUUUGAGACAAUUUGUCCAUUUGAAAAAAUGAUUCUGGUUCUUCUAUUCAUUGUGCUGACUUUAAAAUAAUUGCUGCAUAUACAAUGUAUAAAGGGAUGGGUUUCAUAAUGGCAAGAUUUCACAUGCCUUUGUUAUACAGACUGAUUAGUUGUGAAUAUCUGAGAAAUGUAUUGUAAGCCAAUUGUGUUAAAAUGCAAUGGUAAACUAGUUUUUGUUGUCCAAUUUAGACUGUAUAUCUAAAAGUAUCCCACAUUUAAAGAUGAAUAUAAGCAUAAUUAAAGUCCACUGCAUACAGUUCCAACAUCGACACUUAGGUUAACAUGUUUGACAACUGGACAGAAGAAAUGGUAACACCAGGAUCCUUACUUACAUCUUCCCAACCUACCUCUGCUCUGAUUCUGAAGUAACUUCUUUGAUACAGUCUGUCUGAGCCCUGUUGAAGGCAGUAGUUCCUUCUACUGUCUGCCCUUUCCUACUCUGGAUUCUUCCAACCAUAUGUCCAACCUGACUCCUACAGCCAGCGGAGUUGAAGAAGACAAAUAAGUUGGAGGCCAGACCCCUUUUUGGUACUUACUCCUGAUUGGCUCUCAUACACAAGCAUCUCAAAUCAGCAUACUUUCCCCUUUUUAUCAGCUAAUUAUACUACAUCAGUGUGAACCUUAUUAAUCUAAAGUGAAAUUUUACUACAUACGUGUAUGUGUAUGCAUAUAGCAUUUAAACAUGUGAUAAAUUG